UGAUUACCAACCUGAUCACAGAGAACUGAUCGAUGUACGGGUAUAUUUUAAAUCAAAACACUAUAAAAUCGAUUCUCAAUCAAACAGUGUAAAUCAUGGUUAAGAAAAUGUCGUUUAGUGAUCGAAAUUUUUCAAUAUUGUUGCUUUUUAUCAUAGUAUUUCAGACAUGUCUUAGUAUUCAAUUAUACGAAGUAUUCAGGAAUUUGAAACUGAUACCAGAUUUACUUCCCAACCCGCCAACCAAAUUAUGUAACGUGACUUAUGUAUCGAAAACAGGCACUCUGGUUUUACGACCUGGCCAAAGGAUCCCACCCGAGUAUCGUAAAAUACAUCCGAAUGUAACCUGGCCAGUUCGAUGGAAUAAAACAUACUGUUUGUAUAUGACAGGUAUCAGCAGAUGGCAAGUGAAACUGGAUCGAAGAAAGGUUGCAUUACAACCUAACACCACGAAUUACCCAUUUGGUACGACGUUUUAUCCUUUCGGAUACGAAUGGCAUAAUUGGCUCGUGGUCAAUAUUCCCAUGAACGACGUUGGCGCUGGUCAAACUUUAUACGGGCAUUUGCCUAUUUUGAAUCCUCCGGAGCCAGAUGUUGUCGAUCGAUAUGCAUUUUUCGUAUUCGAACAAGUCUUCGGAUUAAUCAACUUCACUGCACCGAUUGAUGGCAUCGCGUAUAAAUUUCAAGAGCUCUCCAGGACAAUAGAUUUUGUUGAUAAAUACAUGCUCGGAAAUCCGAUUUUUGGAAAUUGUUUCAUCAAUAAAUGGGUUCCAUAUACGACCACGAGCAAAUUACCAUAUUUAGCCGACGAUAUGCCAGCCUAAAAUUUGCCUUUCGAGCUCCAUAAAUUAAGCCUUUUGUAUUUUGUAUUUUUUUCUCUCAAUUUUUCUGUUUCUGAAGGAUUUUUAUUACAGAAAUCAUUUUUUUCUCGGCGAACUUUUGUUUUAGAAGACUUGUUCAUUAUUAUUUGUUUUUAUAUC